UAUUGUUAAUGUAUUAUUAUUAUGAUUUAUGAAACUUUACAUUGAGCUAAGCUGAAAAAUUGUGGAACGAAACAUUUGGCAGAUUUUCAGGUGAGAAGCAAAACUGAAGAUAGACAAGAUAACAAGAUCUGAGAAGAGAAACCGUGAUCCAACACUUCAUUAACUGUUACCGUUAUUUGUUACUAUUGUUCUUCCGAAUUUCCUUUGUGGUGUGAAGAGCCGUUUGUUUGAAAGGGACGGUUCCGUAACAUUGGAAGAUUAAGAGGGGUCUUAGUGGGUCUUCCUCUCUUGUCUCAAACCAACUAGUGAGUGAGCAAGAAGAGGAGAAGGACAAUGUCUAUUAAGAGCAAAGGAGGAGCAGUGGAAGUGGGUGCAAGGAGUGCCCUACAUAGGAAAUGGGCUCUUUUGCUUUGUGUGGCAAGCUUCUGUGCUGGAAUGUUCUUCACCAAUAGGAUAUGGUCGAUGUCUGAAUAUAAAGAAAUUUCAAGGACAUCUAGUGAGAUUGAAGGAAUAAAAUUAAACUCUGAUGGUUGUAAUCUAAAUCUAGUUGUAAAGCCUAACUCCAAUUACAGUCAAGUGGAAGUUUCAAACACACAGAAUGUUAUCAAGAAACAGAGAAACUCAGAGACAGUUGUAUCAACUCGAAGGAAAAAAUAUUUCAUGGUUAUAGGGAUCAAUACAGCUUUUAGUAGUAGGAAGCGAAGAGACUCUGUCCGUGCAACUUGGAUGCCACAAGCUGAGGAAAGAAAGAAGUUGGAGGAAGAAAAAGGCAUAAUCAUACGUUUUGUUAUUGGUCACAGUUCUACAUCUGGUGGCAUUCUUGACAAAGCUAUUGAAGCAGAGGAGAAGCUUCAUGCUGACUUUUUGAGGCUGAACCAUGUUGAGGGCUACCUAGAACUAUCAGCUAAGACAAAGACCUACUUUUCAACUGCUGUUGCCUUGUGGGAUGCAGAAUUUUACGUCAAAGUUGAUGAUGAUGUUCAUGUGAAUUUAGCAACACUUGGAUUGACUCUGAGUAUGCACCGUUCAAAACCUCGGGUAUACAUUGGGUGCAUGAAAUCUGGUCCUGUCCUUGCUCAGAAGGGAGUGAAAUACCAUGAACCAGAAUACUGGAAGUUUGGCGAGGUAGGAAACAAGUACUUUCGUCAUGCUACAGGACAAUUAUAUGCCAUUUCACAAGAUUUGGCUACUUAUAUAUCAAUAAACCAGGAUGUACUGCAUAAAUAUGCCAAUGAAGAUGUUUCAUUGGGAUCUUGGUUUAUUGGUUUAGAUGUGGAUCAUGUUGAUGAUAGGAGAAUGUGUUGUGGUACACCCCCUGAUUGCGAGUGGAAGGCCCAGGCUGGUAACGUGUGUGUUGCUUCAUUUGAUUGGAAAUGCAGUGGGAUUUGCAGGUCUGUUGAGAGGAUAAAGGAAGUUCACCAGCGUUGUGGAGAGGAUGAAAAUGCAUUGUGGAGUGCAACCUUCUAAACUCAAGAACAAGUAGUACAGUAUAGGAUUCAGAAACGUGAAAGAGAACUAUGAGUGCUGCAUGGCUGCAUGGUAGUGGAAGAUGGUUGAAACUUGAAAGUGAGAUAGAUGAUAAACCUUGCAGCUUCAUCUUAACUGAGGAGAUAACCCCUCUGCUUCCAAAGAGUAUAGUAAUAGUAAAAAAUAUAUAUAUAAUAGUAGCUACCAACCCAUUCUUUUGUUGAA